AUGUCGGCGUACCGCUCCUCAACGGGCAAUCUGGAUCGCUUUGACGAGCCGCCUCGUGGCGGUCCUCAGCGAUGGGAUCGCGACAGGUUUGAGAGUAUGCGAAGGGGGCCUCCUCCUCCGCCACCACCGGGCGGAAGUGUGGCUGGCGGUAGCAGCCGUGGUGGUCGCGACGAUUACGAUCACUACCGCUUCCAAGAGCACGAUCGUUUCCCCGGAGGCCAUCGUGACAUCGAUUUCCAUGAAGACCGCGCACGCCGAGGCCCCGCUGUCAUGGAGAGAGAACGCUACCACGAAGAAGAUCGUUUCGACCGCCCUCAUCGCCGCGCUCCCUCCGAUAUGUUCCACGAGCCGACUCCCUCCGAGAUUGCCAACCAAGCACUUGCCCCCUACCGCCGCAGGUCCGUCAUCGACAAGGACAUCAAUAUCGAUAUCGACAUCAAUGAGCGCCGGCCAGCCCCUCGCCCGCCCAGGCCGUCACGGCCGCAGUUCAUGCGCCGUCAAUCAUCUCUCGACACUUUUGACCGCAAACCCCUGCCACGCUAUGGCGACGUAGAGAGGUACGAGAGGUACGAAGACCACGAGUGGCGUCCACCAGCCAAUGUUCCCAUUCCACUUCCUAUCCGCGAGCGUCGCCGGUCACCACCUCGUCGUUUCCACGAGGAGGAUGACUUUGAAGAGAUCCGAUACGACGACCGUGGCGGAAGGGGCCGGGAACGAGAAGACUACCGCGAAGUUGAAGUCCACCGCGAGAAGAGCCGAGUCCGAAGAAGCAAGAGCGUAGCAGCCAAGUCAACACGCAGCUCUUCAAUCUCCAGCUUUGAGGAAAUCCAGCCAUCCCGAGCGACCUGGGGUAAGAAGGGCAAAACGAGACUCCCCAAGCGCCUGGUAAAGAAGCAAGCCGUUAUCGACCUGGGUUACCCAUACGAGGAAGAGGUAUGCCAUCCGCACGCACUACUAGAAUUCCACUAA